UCACGUAACUGUGGCGUGCCUGCAGGCAAAUAACAUGGAGUCGAGUGUGUGGUCUCUGCAAGCGGGUUCAUGGAAAAAAUGUAGCACCGAUGUGACAAAAAUAUAGCAACACACUCUACAUGCAUUCAUGGACCGAGGAUAUUCGUAGCUUUGUUCCAUAUAAAGCAUGGAGAACGGUGCGUAAACAACUCCUUUCCUCAGACCACAAGCCAGGCCGUUUUCCUGGAAGAGAACACCACACACAAUGUAGACUGUAGUGGUCAGCAGUGGAACACCAUACUGUGCUCUGGGGACCAUGGAGCUAGAGGGGGAUUCUCUUUCCCCCAGGGAUUCCUUCACCUCAGUGAGCAGCUAUGGGCCACCACCCUCAUUCUCAGCACAGGACACCGUAACCCACAACUUCCUAAAUCAGACCUUACAGGUUUCAGACGAGCUCAUCUUCAGUGGGAGCCCAUGGUCCAGUGGUGGCAAUGGGGACUUUGAGAGGACCGGAGGCCCCCUAUCCCAGGUGGAAUCAGGGAGGAGUGCACAGAGGAGCAUCAGGCCCUCAGCCUUUCCCUCCUCCCUGACCUGGGACUCUGACUCUGAGAAAGAGACACUAGACGAGGAGGAGCUACAGCAUUUUUCUAACCCUCACGGUCUGGCCGCUCACAGCCCAGGAUCCCUCUCCUCUGGACACAGACCUGACAGUGAGGAUGACCAAGCACCUGAACAACUGCCGCACUUACCCACUGAGACAAACCUACUCAGCCCCGUGGAGGAGCGGGACCAAGACAAGCCUAACACACACAGAGAGGAGCCAAAGAAGGCCCAAUCCAGUUCCAAAGAAUUGGUAGAUGACAGUGUCUGGGAUAUAUCGGAGAAAGCUGAAGUGUUUCAGUCCAAAGUCACAUCAAAGGAGGGGCGCAAAAUUGAGGAAGAGGGAGAGGAAGAGGACCUGACAGGGAAGGACAAGGAGCCUGAGCGGGAUGUGUACACCUUUCCUGGGGACUCAGACACAGAGAGCCCCCCACCAGCACCCUGGGCGCACUGCACCUUCAUCCAGCGUCGGAAGAAGAAGAGGGCCCUGCUCAGGCCCUUCUCUGGCCAGGGCUCCUGGGAACGCACAUCAACAGGAGCUGGGAUGAAGGCAAGGGGUGCUUCCUCAAGAGCAAAGAGCUUGGUGCCAGUGAAGGUGAGUGGAGGGGCCUAUGACUUUAAGGAGGACUUGGAAAAGGCAACAGAGGAUCUGGAGAAGGUAGAAGAGGAAAAGGGUGGUGAAGAAGAAGGAGGAGAGGGAGAGCUUAGUGAAGAGAUUUUCACCUGUGUGGAAUGUAGCAUUUACUUCAAGAAGCAGGUCUACCUGCAGGAUCACAUGCAAGAGCACAGUCAGAGCAGGCCGGGGGCUGGCAGGAGGGAGCGCGGAGUGAAGGGCGCGCGAUUUCGGUGCGUGGAGUGUGGAUGGAACCUGUCAAACAGGCUGGCUCUGGCGGACCACAACAGACGACACCAGGAGUCUCGUCAGAAGAUCCUGAAGGAGAUUGGGAAGCUGAGUGACAGUGGGAAAGGAGAGACUACGCAAGGUGAACCGAGCAAGGUGACCAAACCUGCAAGCCCAGUCCUAGAACCAUUUGUAGCUCUAGUCACGACUCCAGCUCCAGCUCCAUUCACAGAGCCAGAUCCAGUUCCAGUCCGGGCCCCAGUCAAAGCUCGAGCCAAAACUCCAGUCAAAGCAAAGGUCAAAGGCCCAGCCAAUCGUCGCUAUCUCUGCCUCAAGUGUGACUUCAGUACACGCACCUCACAGGCAUUGGCCAACCACGCCAAGACCCACAACAGAAAACCUACUGGUCUGCAGCGAGCCUCUCCACGCUUUCAGCCAAAGCUCACUUCUAUGGAGCCGCCUGUGUCACCUGGAUCUGCCUCUGGCCUGACCUCCAUCUCUCUCACUUGUGAUCAGUGUGCCUUCCAGGCCUCCAGUCAAACUUCCCUGAAGGAGCACCAACACGUGGCUCACCCCGCGCAGACCUCCAUCUGUGGGGAAGGGCCUGAAGAGAUGAACCGUCCAGGGUCCAGAAUUGAUGCUUCCUCUCCACCAUGUUCUGAUACGCUUUCUAAGCCUGUCUCUCCACCAGAGGGCCAAAGCCAAUCAAAAGCCAGUAAGUCUUCUUCCUCUAGUUGGAUCUCUGCUAUGGAGGACAGUGACACACUGCCCCAACCAUCAAACACUGCUACAGCUCCCCAGCGUAGAGAGUUAGCUUUUAAGACCAUCGGGAACAAGAGGGCAAAUCGGAGAGGGAAGGUGGGGACAGAACUCCUCUGGCCAAAUCCCAGACUGGACAGUGGGUCACCUGAGACCGAUGAUGCACAAAGCCAGGGCCAGAGCCCUGACCUGGCAACCGAUAUGAACCAAAAAGAGACUGAAUCACUUGUUGGAUCCAAACCGCUCACCAGGGCUCGAUCCCUCCGAGAUGACUCCUCUCUAAAACAACAGAGCCUCACAGCCUCAUGCUCUACAGAAAGGAAGCCCAUGAAGGAAGAGGAAGUGGACGGGGAGCCAAAGGUUGCUUUUGAAAAGAAGAGUAACAAGGUUUUUUCUGAUGAAAAUGACGAUGAUGAUGACAACGAUGAUGAGGACAACGAUGAUCAUGAGGAAGAAGAGGAAGAGGAGAAUAUCCGGCGUUUCCUAGCGGAGGGCAUAUCAGAUGAGGAUUAUGAGGAGAUUGAUGAGGAGACGGGGACCCUGAAGAGCGUGGAGAGGAAAUGCCCCUACUGCCCUGAUCGCUUCCACAACGGCAUCGGGCUGGCCAAUCACGUCAGGGGCCACCUCAACCGAGUUGGCGUCAGCUACAAUGUGCGCCACUUCAUAUCCCCCGAGGAGGUCAAUGCCAUUGAGAAGAAGUUCUCCUACCAGAAGAAGAAGAAAAAGGUUGCCAACUUUGACCCGGAUACGUUCAGUGUGAUGCGCUGUGAGUUCUGCAAUGCUGGCUUUGACACCCGGGCUGGCCUGUCCAGCCACGCCAGGGCGCACCUGCGGGACUUUGGGAUUACUAACUGGGAGGUGACUGUCUCGCCCAUCCAUAUCCUCCGGGAACUCUUCUCCAGCCGCCCAGACCUGGUUCUCCCCACAGCCCCCCCACGCAGCCCAGCCUCAGACGAGGAGGAGGAAGACCUGGAGACGGAGGAGGAAGAACCAGGGGGAGGGGAGGGGAGUGAAGAGGCAACAGGUGCUACAGUCUCCAUCCUACUGCCAUCGUCGCCUUCUCAGCCUUGGGAGAAAGACCACAGCGUUGGUGAGCCUGAAGGCGGGGAGGAGGAAGAGCAGAUGCCAGCACUGGACAGCUUGACCUCCAGCCCAGGGAGGAAGGGUCUGUUUUCCCUGGACCCAGAGAGCCCCUCCCCGAGGGAUGAAGCUGACAUCAAAGUGUCCAACCUGUUAAAGUGUGAGGUGUGCAGUGCCCCCUUCGAGACGAGGCGGGGCCUAUCUAGUCACGCCCGUUCCCACCUGCGCCAGCUGGGCAUCGGCAUGUCGGAGAGUAGCGGGGCACCCAUCGACCUCCUCUACCAGAUCACCAAGGAGCGUGGUCUGGAUGGGCACUUCCCCCCUCCCCUCCCCCGCCCCCCCAUCGCCAAGAAGCCCCUUCACGUCCUGCCAGCCCCACGGAAAGAAGAGAGAUAUCAAGACACCGACAUGGACGAGAAACCCAUCCCUCUCUCCAUCCCCUCCCCUGUGGCCUCCCCUCCCCCCUCACUCAUCAGGGCCUGCUCCCCUUCUCCUGUGGUGAGGAAGGCCCCCAUCUCCUCCCUGCUGCCUGUGUCCUCCCCCCUGCGCUGUCUGGACCAUAAGCCUGGAGGGGUGAAGAGCACCAACUCUAACCUCUCUGCCAAACCCUUCUGGGCUCCACAGGAGACUGAUGCCCCACUCAACCUCACAUUGGAGGUAGACCCCAACAAGGACAUAGUGUGCCAGCUGUGUGGCGCCUGGUUCGAGACGCGGAAGGGCCUGUCCAGCCAUGCCCGAGCCCACCUGCGUCACUUUGGGGUGGAGUACUCGGAGUCCAAAGGUUCCCCCAUAGACCUCCUCAACCAGCUCAUUCACACUGAUGACUUCAAGCACAGAGCCAGCGCCCUGCAGCCUGAGGGGCCCCAGGGGCUCAGGGGCCUCACAGCCAGCCUCUCCUCCCCCAAACGCUCCCUCCUCACCACCUCCUCCACACCUCUCCUCUACAAGGUCACUACGAUGGGGGGCGGAUCUGGGUCCAAAGCUACCUCUUCUUCAGCUUCCUCAAUGUUUGGCCCGCCCUCCAAACGUCCCAAGUCCUCCAAAUUACAGGUCUUCCGUUUGAGUGGCGGGGAACUCACGCCCAUCCCCCACAGUGAACCAGUGAAGGAGAUCGGCUGUGAGUUCUGUGGGGAGUACUUUGAAAACCGUAAAGGCCUCUCCAGCCACGCGCGUUCCCACCUGCGCCAGAUGGGCAUCACAGAGUGGACAGUCAACGGUUCCCCGAUAGACACCCUGCGAGAGCUGAUAACACGUCGAGGUCUACCAUGCGCCCUGCCCCUUAAGCCCCUAAAAUCUCCCCCUCCAUCCCCCGGACCCCCUCGCUCCCCCUUGUCCUCCCCUGCCUCGCCCAGCCUCCUGAGUCGCCUCCCUUUUGCCUUCGCCCACCCACCCAGCCACCAGUCCACAGUGCGUAAGAUGGGCUCAGCUCCACCGGCCUCCCCUAGCCUGAUAGUCAAGCUGAAGCCUGAGCCUAUGCAGCUGGAAGUCACCAUGCCAGGAGCAGUGGGGGGAGCAGCGGGAUACUCCUCUGAGCCACUUAAUUGCAGCUGGAGCAGCUCUGACAUUAUGCUCCCUCUUAACUUGGUCACAGCCCAUGAAGUAGAGCCCACUCGGGACAUCCGCUGUGAGUUCUGUGGGGAGUACUUUGAGAACCGCAAAGGUCUCUCCAGCCACGCCCGUUCCCACCUGCGCCAGAUGGGCAUCACAGAGUGGACAGUCAACGGUUCCCCCAUAGACACCCUGAGAGAACUCAUGCACAAGAAUGGGGGCACCUCGUCCCCAGCCCCGGGGCUGAAGAAGGAGAACAGCCAGGGGUCCAGCCCCACCUGGGAAGGCCUGGUGGGGGGCCUGGGUUACCAGUCGCCCAAGUUCUCCCGCAAAUCCCCCCUCAACCUGCUGCACUCUGGCUCCCGGCUUCAUAAGCACGGCCUGGGGGCGGUGGGCCUCUCCUCCACCCCUCCCGCCGGGAAGUUUUUUGCGGUGUCCCUGCUGGGUAAGAGACCCCUGACGGAGGAGGGCCGUCCAGUUGAGAGGUCACCAUCCCACCCCCAGUCCUUUUCGCCCCUGCCACAUGACCUCUCCAUCAAAGGGAAGUCCUCUCCAGACAAGAAUGCGGGAGGGCACCUGGAUGCCAGCUGUGAGCUGUGUGGGUUCUACUUUGAGAACCGCAAGGCGCUGGCUAGCCACGCGCGGGCCCACCUGCGGCAGUUUGGCGUGACAGAGUGGUGUGUGAACGGUUCGCCCAUCGAGACGCUGAGUGCCUGGAUGCGCAGCCGGCCCCACAAGGUGGUGGAGAUGCACCGCAGCUACAUGCAGGGCUCCAACCGCUCCACCUCCAAGAAGAAAAGCAGCCUGUCUCUCUCCCCAUCAUCCGACUCUGACCUCCUCCCCCCCAUGCCCUCCCAGAAGCAUUCCUCCUCCUCCCAGUGGGCGGCUUUGGGGCUGGCCCAGGCCAGACGGGUAGGCCGGGAGCUCACCCUGGCAUCACCCCGGGCAGCAGAGGGUGAUGCAGGUCUCACUCCCCCCUCCCGACCCAGCCACAGCAGUCACAGUCCCAGCCCCACCCGACUCUCCAACACCCUUCCUCCCCACACACAGGUGGCCCGCAGCGAGCUCAACGUGCGCCUGCCCAGAGGCUUUGAGCGACGACCUCUUAAACACCCCUCCCACUCAGAGGGAGGAGAGAGGGACAGUGGCACCCCCAAGCCCCCUCGCACCGGCACCAUUCCUGCCCUGGUGCCCAAACCCCCUUCCACCCCCCUGGUCAAAGUGGUGGGAAAGAUCUACUCCCUCAGGUGCCGGUUCUGUGAGGUGGAGUUCCAGGGUCCUCUCUCUGUGCAGGAGGACUGGAUCCGCCACCUCCAGCAGCACAUUCUCAACCUCAACUACAACAAGCCUGCUCCCUCUGUCACGGACCCCCCAGUCCAAGACCACAACCCAACCCCAACCUCAACCCCAGUCCCAGCCACUACCUCCAGCUUCACCACAACUCCUGCCCCCACCUCAACCCUACCCUCCAUCCACACCCACACCACAGCUCCUACUGUUCCCCCUCUUUGCAGCCCCUCUCCUCCACCAAUGGCUGAGUCUGAUCCAAUUGUCACUGCCACUCCAAUGGCAACAGCCUCAGCAGAGUCCACCCUCACCCCGAUCCUGAUCCCCACCCUGUCCUUGUAACCCCCAGGUCCAUAACAAUCCACACAUUCUUCUAACCAUUUUGUUCUGCCACGUCUUUGCCAUGCCUUUUUUCCAUCCACUUGUUCCUUCGGCCUCAACACAGGGGACCUGUUGUUGAAGUGUUUUGAAGAGAAGCUUUCCCCCAACGAGCUCUCUCAACCCCCAGCCUCUCCUAGGAAGCUCUGCAGAUGGUUACAAAGCCCCAUUGCCAUGGGAACCCAAGAGUGGGUGAUUGCAACUGUCUAGGGCUUCGGGGUCUGCUGUUUCUUCUUUAUUUGAGCUGAAUGUUCAGUUUGUAACGUGGACAGUUACACUUCCUGCCGCUCAGUGGUUAACCGAGAGGUUAACUUAAACCAUAUUGAACUUUGACUUAUCUCCUUGCUCUAAACAGUGCUUUAUAAAGACCUGAGAGGCUCCGCCCAUUUAUAUUUGAAGCACUUAAUUAAGAGGAGCACACUCAUGGCUCCUGCUUUACUCACCUCAACAACAUUUUAAAAGGAGUUUAAAUAAUGUUUUUGUAUUCAUGCUUAGUCUAUGGUACAGACUUAAAAAGCCCAUUUACACAUUCUUUUGAUAAGGCAAUUUUAACGUAGACAAUGCCACAGAGCACUUACAUAAGUGCCCCAUUGAUUAGGGCAGUGAUGAUGAGGAAAAGGCCCCACGUCCCAUUCACCUUAGUGUUAGGCUGACAGGUGCAGUCACACAGUAACUCUUAAUGUUUUCUGAAUGUAGUUAAAGGGAUAGUUCACCCAAAUUACAUAUUGGUUUCCUUACCCUGCAAGCAGUCUAUGGACAAGGUAUCACAGCAGUCCAUGCUGUGGUUUAGUUUCAUUGGCACCGUUUCCAAAUGUUGUGGCACAAAUCCCAUUUAAGUCAUGGGUAUAAGAUAUUAGCAUUUUUCAAACAUCGUGCCCAAAACAUUCGAAAGUGUCUACAAUUGAUUGUAAAGCACAACAAAGUCACUUAUAGAUGAUUGCUGAUAUCAGUCCCAUGGGAGUUGUGCCACAAAUGCUAAAACAUUAGCAUUUGAAAACAGUGCCAGGGAAACUAAACCAGGAUUGCUGUCAUACCUUAUCUAUAGACUGUUUACAGGGUAAGGAAACCAAUGUGUCAUUUGGGUGAACUAUCCCUUUUAAUGCACUUAUCAUUUGAGAUGACUGUGCCAUAUUAAAGUAGACUGGUCAUCAUGUUAUUCCAUAGUUUGAUGUCCCCAACACUGUUUAGCUAACUGCAUUUAAGCUCUUGAUGAAACUCCUCUAUUCUUUAGAUGAAAGGGUCCAUAGAAGUAUUGACGGUCGCUAUUUCAAGUUUCAAUGCGGACACACAUACAAAUGUUGCCAUUUCUUUCUUGCCUUGUCAAUGAAACCCAAAACCUUGGUUGUUAUUUAUUAUACAUUUGAAUGUGGUGAACUAGGUUGUUUUUAGGCUCAAUUAGAACAUUGGAAUGUUUGAAAUUAGGCCAGUGACACUUUUAUCUAAGUGCAUAAGCUAUGUGUGUUUGUUUGUUUGUGUGUGUGUUUUUUUUGCACAAGAGGUGCAUGUGUAUGUCUUUCUAUGACUUUUAAAUGCUAGACAGAGGUCAACAGUAGCUAACACACAGGACCUCUCCGUAGCUAAAAUCUAGCUAAUCAUGGGAUCUGGUCUAUUUUUCAGUCUGAUCAGGACUUGACUGCAUCCGCCAUUCUCCUAAGGAUGUGCCAAAGAGUGUGUUUACUCCCUGGUCUCGCCUCUGUAAGCUGUUUACAUGGGACCUGUUCAUAGGGACAGCUACGGAGCAACCAAGGCUCCUCAUUGGACGAGGGACAUGUAUCGGUGUACAUCUGGAUCCAGUGACUCCCAGUAUGUGAACCACAGAGUUGACUGACUGUUGCAGUGACAUACAUAAGCGGCCUUGGCUUCAUGGAACUGUUACACUACUGCAUUGUUGCACCCAGUACACGGACGCCCACAGAGGUUGCUAUCUGUCAGAGCUCUGUGAAGUAUUGGUGCCCUUAAAUCCAGACGCAUUACGUAUGGCCUCUGGUGGAACAGCUUCUAAACUGGGGCGACGCUGUCACUCCAGCGUGUCUUCACAUUGCUUCAGGUAAGUGUUUAUAUCGCCUGCAAAGUGACGCAAUAACUGAAGAGUCCAUACAGAGAUGAACUUUUCAAGUUUGUUCAAGCAUUAAACUAUGUCGAAAACAUGACUGUUUGACCCUAACAAUCCCCCAUACCUUUUGUGGAAUAUAGAUACGUAUAUAUAACUACAUGUACUUAUGAAACUGUUGAUGCUAUUAGAGCUAUUAACAGUUCUAUUAACAGCUAGUUACAAAACAAAUGGAUCUUGAUUCCUUUUAUCGUGAUUUAGUUUCAACCUUCUAUGACAUGUCUUUUUAUUGCUCUGUGCAUUUGUGUAUUUGCAGUCCAGGAGGUGAAACCUUGAGUAUUUUUUAUUUUCUUUGUUAGCUAGUUUCUCCAAGCUGAACAUUGGUGCUCAUGAGAAUGGGAUGGUGGGGAUGGGGAGUGACUGAAGACAGGAGAAAAUGAGUGAUUGUUGUGUCCUAAGAUCAGAGGACUCUAAAUACUUCAGUCUUUAAAGGGGACCACUUUUGCACGUUCCGAUUUUUCUCCACCAGUGAGUGUUCACAUCGUGAUAGGGUUAGCCUCUGGCAGGUUUGUGACUGUGUUACCGUGUAAGAUGAGUUUCCGCUGGUGUUACAACUAAGUCCCCUUUAAGAUUGCCUGUGUGUACCCCUCAGCUGGUAUGACUGGCUGCAGAGGGUUGGUGUGUGUGUGAAUGAGUGUGUGAGUGCCUGUGGAGAGCUAAGACCAUGAUCUGAUGAUGAUAAUACAAAUAUUAAAGAAUUGUACUGUACCCAAAGGGUUGAGGUUCAUGUGAAUCAGCUCGUGAACAAACAUUAAAUGUGAUUUCAAACUCA